GGGUGGGAGCGCGUGCUGUUGGGAGUUGCUUGGAGGUUGGCGGCGCGGGGCUGAAGGCUAGCAAACCGAGCGAUCAUGUCGCACAAACAAAUUUACUAUUCGGACAAAUACGACGACGAGGAGUUUGAGUAUCGACAUGUCAUGCUGCCCAAGGACAUAGCCAAGCUGGUCCCUAAAACACAUCUGAUGUCUGAAUCUGAAUGGAGGAAUCUUGGCGUUCAGCAGAGUCAGGGAUGGGUCCAUUAUAUGAUCCAUGAACCAGAACCUCACAUCUUGCUGUUCCGGCGCCCACUACCCAAGAAACCAAAGAAAUGAAGCUGGCAAGCUACUUUUCAGCCUCAAGCUUUACACAGCUGUCCUUACUUCCUAACAUCUUUCUGAUAACAUUAUUAUGUUGCCUUCUUGUUUCUCACUUUGAUAUUUAAAAGAUGUUCAAUACACUGUUUGAAUGUGCUGGUAACUGCUUUGCUUCUUGAGUAGAGCCACCACCACCAUAGCCCAGCCAGAUGAGUGCUCUGUGGACCCACAGCCUCAGCUGAGUGUGACCCCAG